AUGGAUACAAGAAUACUCACCGGUCACUGGGAGAAAACCUUUGACAUUGGUUACACAGAACAAGAUCAUGGGAUUCUGAACCGAUUUAAGAACUUUUGCUCUGACCGUCCAAAACAAGAUCGCAACCUUCAUCCGAUUCCAUUCCUAGCCUGUGGUCCCGGCACAGGAAAAAGUCGGUUUUUGCAGGAACUUGUUAAUAUUAUUCGCGACAAGGCUUUGAGUUCUGGAGAUCAAAAUGUUGUUUCUAUAUUAGGAAGUGCAGUUUUUCUGAACGUUACAUAUGGAAAUGGAACAGAGGCAUCAGAUUUUGACGUGAGUAUUGGAGCAGAAGCUUCGAUAGCUUUGAGGAUCUUAUUCAGCUAUUUUGUACAUGGCAAUAAGAGCUUUGCUGGAUUUAGAGACAAGAUUGGGAAAGAAAAUGCAAGGGAACUAACAUUGUCCCUCGUUUUAAGAGCCAUUUAUUUAAGUAAGCUUAAAGAAGAUAAAAAUAUAAAUGAACUUGCAAUAAUUGUCGGUAUUGAUGAGGUCAACAAAUUACAUGAUAAAGAUUACGAUAAAUUUCUUCACCUUGUAUCUGCUGUUGGCUCAGCUAGUUGUAAUUUUACUGUUGACUUAAUUUCAGAAGAAACAGGAAGCUCAAUUCCAGAAAAAACAGGAAAAGUGUUUUUUGCUCCAGUCUUUGCGGGUACAGUUGAGGGUCCACUCCAGUCAAUUAUUACAAAAUCAAUGCAUCCGCCUCUUCAGUUACCAUUGCAUUUGCUAGACAUAGAAGAUAUGUUAAAAAUAGCGUGUAAUCUUGGCUUUGACGAAGAUUACGUUUAUAAAAAUAAUCUUUUCAGACGUUUGAUUUCUGAUAUAGGUGGUCAGGUGCGUGCUUUAGAAGUUUUCUACGAAAAUAUUUCGGUUGCAUCAAGAAACCAAAAAUUGGACGACAUUAAUUUACUGAGCAUCAUGAACAAAAUUGAGGUGGUUCUGGGUACACGGUAUGCAUUCAGGAAUCAUGCAAGAAUAGUCACUCCAGUGCUUGCAAACGCGAUUUUAUAUAGACCUGUUAAUGCAGAUGAUUCUCCUGGCAAGGAUGCAAAUGAUCAGCCUGUCUCAUACAAAACGUUAAAAUCCAAUGGAAUUUUAACACUUGAGCCAACCGAUGAAGGAAAUAGCUUUUAUAUACGUCUCCCCUAUCUUUGGGUACGAUUACUGAUAAUACAUGCUGGUAAUUCAAUUAAUAAAUUCUGGCAUGUAAUGAUCGAUCCUAAUGAUCCAUUUUAUUGGCAAGAUUGGGAAAUUUUUAAUGUCAAGUUUUGGGCCUUACGCUAUUGUUUAUUUUCAGCUCUUGGGCACGAAAAAAUAAAGUUAAAGGAACUAUUAAAAGGAACACGUUAUUCAAAUCUUAUGGAUGAGGAUAUGGAUGUAGAUAUUCCUGAUCAUACAUCUAUUUGCGUACAUUAUCUUAAUCAUCGAUUUCCUCCUUCUAAUCGUAAUUAUGAUAUGGUAGACUCUGAGGGUAGAAUUUGUAAAGUUUUAUUUAAUGAUAAUAAUAAAAUUUAUAAAAAUGGAGGAGGGGCAGAAGGAGAUGGGUUUUGUUUCUUGGUCGGUGAAAGAAAAAUAAUCUUUUUGUCAUUUCAAAUGAAGUGGAGAGAGAAAGAUUCAGCGAACCCUGAAAAAAUUGAUGAUAAAUUGAUCAAAGAUGAGUAUAAAAAGUCCACAGAUGUCUCAACAAAGAUUGGUUUGGAUGACUGGAUAUUAUUAAUUCUAUCAAAUCGUAAGAGUACCUAUACAAUGGACCUACCACUAAAUUGUGUUAUUGUUGAUAUUGAUAACUUUAACGAUUUUUAUGGAAAUAUAUAUUCAUCACGUGCACAAUUUUUCGCAGCCAAUAAAAAAGUUUGUAUUAAUUCAGCAAAAUUUUGGGAAUUACGAGCUAUAUAUGGGUGUGCAUUCCAUGCAAUAUCAUUUUUCCGUAUUCCUCAUACUUUAUCGAAGACAACCUGA